CUGCAGUGGUGGAAACAGAUAUUGCCAUGCAGAAAAUUCGUAUUCUCGUCAUCAAGGGACCUAAGUGUUUAAUAUGAAGGGGAAUAGAAAUUUCGAGCAUUAUCAAUAAUUUAACUCUGCCGUAUUAUGGUCAGUUUUUGCAGAUAGUGUUGGAACAUAUGCAGUAAAAUUACAUGACUUUAUAGACUUUUAUCACAGAAUAAGAUUUUCGAUAUGGACCAAGAAAACAACAAUGUCCGUAAACCGAAGUUGAUUGUCUUUGAUCUUGACUACACAUUGUGGCCUUUCUGGGUGGAUAGAAAAGUUAAUGUGGAGCCCCCUUUUAAUAGAACGAGAGAUGGUAAAGUAUUUGACGCCUGCAGUCGAGAGGUAAAAGCAUUCCCAGACAUUGAUCCAAUUUUACACAGACUUCAUAAUGAGGGUUACAAACUUGCUGUAGCUUCAGAAGCUUUCAACAAAGACGAGGUGAAACGCCUUGUGAAUUUCUUUGGAUGGAACAAAUUCUUUGAUUACAUAGAAAUCUACCCUGGAUCCAAAAUAACACAUUUCCUAAAUAUUAAAAAGGACAGCGGUAUUGCUUUUCCUGACAUGAUGUUUUUUGAUGACGAGCGCGAUCAUCUUUCAGAAGUGGCACAUACCUGUUUAGGUGUCACAUGCAUUUGGGCAAAUCGAGGGGUUUCCGAAGAAAUCUUGGAUGAAGCUUUUCGCGCAUAUGCAGAAAAUCAUAAGAAUGAGGUGUCAGUUGGUAUUCCGAACGGAAACAAUAACAACAAUGGCAGUGGGACUGGUACCAAUACAAGUAGCAGCACCUUGUCUCUGAACAGCGUGGAUUCAGAUGAAUCCCAAUCAGAAACGACUGUUAUUUAUGUGCAUCGUCGCCGUGGGUCGCGAGCCUCCAUCACUUACGAUGUCCCGCCAGUUAUUGACAGAGCAAUACGCCUACGCGGACGACGCAUGUCUGCGCCUGCGCUGAGUAUCCCACAAUCCCUACAGGACAAAAAACUGAUUUCUUGCCCCGAGAUUGUAGAAAAUUAGAGCGGCUUGAAAUGGCAGUUUUGAUGUUGAAGUGCUAAUUUAGGUGUGAAAAUAGAUUAUUAGAAAAAAGGUCUUGAGAAACCAAUUGAAGGUAGUUUAUGAUCA